AUGAGCAUCAAAUUAGAAGGUUCAGAAACAUCUACGGUGACCCGGGAAACUAGACAAACCUCCCAAAUUAACAUGAUCUUUACGUAUAUUGACGAAUCAUUAAUGUGGGAGAAAAAAGAAGAUAUCGUCAAGGUCAGUCUUUCUGCCUAUAACUUGGAUAAUAUCAAUAUCCGCGAAGCGAUACAUGAAAGAUAUAACGCUGAGAUAAUUGGAAAAGACUUAUUUAUCAAAUAUGACGGAAUGAACAAGGAAAGAAUCCAUCGCAGACUAGCAAAUUCAGCCGAGAUUCAUAAUCCAAAUUGGGGUGCAGAGAUUAAUGUAAUAUGUGUGGUAGGAGGUAAUAAUUUUCGACCAGACGUUGGCAUUUGGUUUUGGGAUCCAACAUUUGUACAACGGUCAAGACCCACUGCUAGCUUGUGCCCACCUUCAAACGUAUGGAUAGAGCAACACAACUUAAUCAAUAUCGAAUAUGUUGAAAUCGCUAUCCCAGUUGCAGGCAAUCCUUUUCCCCAGAACCCAAAUUCCGGGAUAGUUACCACACCUGCAACUCAAACACCUGAAGUAUCUACCAGAGCCCCAUAUACCAUCCAUUUGCAGGAUGUGAAUAGCAUUCCGGUUUAUUAUAGAAUGGACUGGAAUGAAUACCUAGUCCUUAAAUGUGGUUGGAAAAUUGGUUUCAACAUUGUGCUUAAUGUAAUUUCUAAACCCUAG